AUGGACGCCGGACGGAGUGCGCACGGGAUGCGCGUACGGCAGACGCAGACGCCCGAUAUUGAGGCGCGAGUGGCGCACGAUGUGCCCAGCGCCGAGAAGGAGAAGCUCCUGGCCCAAGGCACGCCCGAGCCCGCGCCGCUGCGGCCGGCCCAGGGCAUCGCCCGCGGCGAGUACCUCGCGCUGGGCCUCGUGUUGAUAAUUGCGCUCUUUGUGCGUUUCUGGCGCCUGGACCGCCCGAGCAGUGUGGUGUUUGAUGAGGUGCACUUUGGCGGCUUUGCGGCCAAGUACAUCAAGCGCACGUUCUUUAUGGACGUGCACCCCCCCCUCGCGAAGCUGCUCAUCACGCUCGCGGCGUGGCUCAACGGCUUCAAAGGCAACUUUGACUUUAGCGAGAUCGGCAGGGAGUACCUUGUGACAUCUGACGCGGAAGAGGUGCCGUACGUCGCGAUGCGCAUGGUCGGUGCGCUGUUUGGCUUUGCUACGAUCCCGCUCGCGUACUUUACGUUGCGCGGCCUGCAGCUGCGCCCGGCCUCGGCGCUGCUCGGGGCGCUGCUCGUGACCUUUGAGAAUGCGCUCACGACGCAGUCGCGCCUCAUUCUCCUCGACGCGCCGCUCGUCUUUUUCGUCGCGGCCGCGCUCUGUGCGUGGGUCAACUUUAGCCAGGUCGACCAGCGCGCCCCGUUCUCCACGCGGUGGUGGGUGCUCCUGGCGCUCACCGGGCUGUCGCUCGGCGCGGUGGUCUCGUGCAAGUGGGUCGGCCUCUUUACGAUCGCGGCCGUGGGCGCUGCGGUCGUCGUCCAGCUCUGGUACCACCUCGGCAACCUGCGCGUGCCGGUGCAGCGCGUCGCGAUGCACUUUGCGGCGCGGGCCGUGUGCCUGAUUGCGCUCCCGGCGGUGGUGUACGUGCUGACCUUUGCGGUGCACUUUGCGGUGCUGUCGAAAGAGGGCGGCGGCGACACGUUCAUGUCCUGGCCCUUUCGGCACACGCUCGAGGGGCACCAGACGCCGGACACGUUUGCGGACGUCGCGCUCGGUUCCAAGGUGCGCAUCCAGCACCUCAACACGCUCGGCGGCUACCUGCACUCGCAUCCCCACCAGAUGCAGACGGGCAGCAAGCAGCAGCAGAUCACCCUCUAUCCGUUUGUCGACAACAACAACGAGUGGAUUGUCCUCCUGGCCCCCGGUGAGAACGAGCUGCAAAAGGACGAGAACGGGCACGCAAUCACGCCGGACGACGAGGUGACGCGCUACCUACACAAUGUCACGCACCUCGAGGACGGCAUGCGGAUCCGCUUGCUGCACGACCAGACCAAGGUCCGCCUGCACUCGCACUCGAACCACCGGCCGCCGGUGAGCGAGUCGGACUACCAGAACGAGGUCAGCGGCUACGGCUUCCCCGACCAAAAGUUUGGCGGCGACGUGAACGACGACUGGAUUGUCGAGAUCGAGGAGCAGCGGCACACGAUCCCGCGUGGCGCGGGCAAGCGCGUGGUCGCUUUGCGCACCGUCUUCCGCCUGCGCCACGCCAACCUGGGCUGCUACCUCUAUUCGCACACCGUCUCGCUCCCGGACUGGGGCUUUGGCCAGCAGGAAGUGACGUGCAACGGCUCGCCGACGAUCCCCAACUCGCUCUGGUACGUUGAGACGAACGAGCACCCGAUGCUCGAGUCAGACGCCAACGCCGCCAAGGUGAACUAUGUCCUCCCGGGCUUUUUCGCCAAGUUUUUCGAGCUGCAGCAGACCAUGUGGGCGGUGAACCAGCGGUUGACGGAGCACCACGUAUACGAGUCGCGCCCGAUCCAGUGGCCCUUUUUGCGCCGCGGCAUCAACUUUUGGACGAAGCACCACCGCCAGGUGUACCUCUUUGGCAACCCGCUCGUGUGGGCCGCCGGCACGCUCUCGGUGCUUGCGUACAUUGUCGCGCGUGUGCUGCUGGUGCUGCGUGCGCAGCGCGGCUGCAACGACUUUGCGCGCAGCUCCAUUGUAUUCUACGACCGCGUCUGUGGCUUCCUCGCGGUGGCGUGGGCGCUGCACUACCUGCCGUUCUGGCUGAUGAAGCGCCAGCUCUUUAUCCACCACUACCUGCCUGCACUCUACAUCUCGAUCCUGCUCAGUGCCGCACUCUUUGACAUGGUCACCGGGCGCCUGCGGCCGCGCGUGCGCAUCCAAGCGGCGCUGGCCGUUGCCGCGAUCUCUGCGCUGGUCUUUUGGCGCUAUGCGCCGCUGGCGUACGCCUCGCGCUGGACGGGAGAUGGGUGCCAGAGCUCGAUCAUGCUCAAGUCGUGGGACUUUAACUGCGUCGACUUCCCCGAGGACGUGAGCGUGUACGACACGUACGACUCGGUGGUCAACGCUCCGGAAGGCCACCACGCCUCGCACCCGUGGCUCCAAAAGGUGCCUGACAUGCUCCACAAGAUCGCGUUCCCCGCGCCGAACGCGGCGCAGUCGUCGGCGGCCGUCGCGAGCGGCCACCGGGCGUUUGAGGCGGGCCUUGGCGAGAACGCGUCGAGCGCGGCGAGCUCUUCCGCCCACGUCCCGCACCUCAAGGGCCUCGACCAGGCACAGCGGCAACAGGCGAUGCUGCAGGGCACGCAGUCCAUCGGCAGCAACCGCAAGGACGAGCCGGAAAGUAGUCGCAAGCCCGGCGCGGCACAGUAG